AUGUCUAUGUCAAAGCCGUCGCGGAGCUUUGGGUCUCUACUCAAAAACAGUCGGUAUGCAUCUAUUGUUAUCCCCAAGGGCAAGAAUGCUAAUCCCGCAGUUCCUGUCCAGCAGGUAAUCACUGCUACCCCCGAGACCAAGAGACGAUCUGAUUGGGGCCUUAAGCGACCUGUUCCUCCUCUGUUCAAGUCAGAGGUAGCUUCUGUUGAGGCCAUUGAUACACGAAUGCAGAUGGCUGAGCUCACAUACGGUACCCGGUACCACGGAGCUGCCCAGCGUCUCCGAUCCACCGGUCUGGCCUUCACGUCUGUGCACGGAGGUGGAAAGUCCACCAGCGAGAAGAAGAUGGAUCCUUUCUUUACACAGCCCCACAAGAACGAGUCGGGAAAGCUUCCUAUGACCCGAGAGUCCUUUCUGUCCAAGGUCGAUCCUGUCAACAUGAACUACCCUUCUCAGCUGCUCAAGCUCGCCAAGUCAUACGUUAACGAGAACAUUGAACUGCCCGCCAGAGCUCACCAGGAGAUCAAGGCCACUGGUGGUCUUUCGUACGUCCCUUCUGGAUCUCUGCGAAACUCACGAAACGGUGUCCAGGAGAGCAUUCUUGUUUCCGGCCGAGUCCGAGACGGCGAACGGGCUACUUCUGUGGCUGCCAUCGGAGGUGUCGUUGCUAAGCUUGAUCUCGACCACACUCGAGCCACCGCUCCCUACCGAGAUGGCCAGCGAGUCUCUCACUUCAACGUCCAGACCUCUGCCAUUGACAGCAAGACUGGAAACAUUGUCAUGACUGUCCAGGGCAAGCGAGACACUAACUACUCUCCCCGAGGAAGCCGAUCUCCCCGCGCCGCUUCCAGCUCCGACCUCAUCAACAACAUGAUUAAAUAA